AUGCAAUCUAUAUUUUUUUGGGUGAAGAGAUACUUAGCAAGCGAGUGGUACAUUUGUGGGAAUGUGUUGGUGAAGGUCGAUGUCCGCUUGUUUGUCACUCUUAUAAGAUUUGAUGAGGUUUAUGUUGAUCAUUUCAAAUGCAACAAGAAGCUGAUACGAGAGUAUCCAAAUCUGUUCAACUACACCAAAGACAUAUACCAAACCAAAGGCAUGAACAGCUCCGUUAACAUGGAACACAUUAUGUUUGAUUCCUUACUUUCCAGUUUCAGUUCAUCCAUUGCCAUGGUCAAUGAGGGGAUAUUGCCAACCUCCAUGUCCAAGACAAGCUCCUUCUCUCAUCAGCUUUGGCCCCUGAAAGCAUCACCUUCGACACCGAUGGCAAAGGCCCCUACACUGGCAUCUCUAAUGGCCAUAUACUCAAAUGGAGAGGCUGUAGUCUUGGUUGGCAAGAGUUUGCCACCACUUCAAACAUCAGAGAGCAAUCCAUUGAACCCAAUGAGCAAUGGAGGUGAGAGUGUUAAAGAAGAGGUGUCCCAUGAAUCUUCUGGAAGGCCACCAUUUGCUAUCCCGCAAUCGAUGAGGGAGGAGCAAGUGCAAAAUGCUGUCAAUUUUUUAUCUCAUCCCAAAGUAAAGGGCUCUCCAGUGAUUUUCCGGUGUGCUUUCCUCGAAAAGAAAGGCCUUUCAAAAGAGGAAAUUGAUGAGGCCUUCCGCCGUGUUCCUGAUUCAGCACCUUCAAAUGCCGCAGGUGCAGGGACUAACACCACAAACCAAGCUAAUCAAGUAAGCCAGCCCAAUCCAUCUCCAGCCUUGCAGCCUGUUGCUGGUGGUUCUUCUCUGGGUGCUAGUUUGCAGCAACCCCGGCUUCAGUGGAACCAUGCUUUGUUUGCAAUAGGUGUUCUUACUGCUUCUAGAGCAGCAACUGGUGUUCUUUUUAAGAAAAUGGUUGUUCCUAGGCUGCAAUCUUUGGUUCAGAGGGUUGUUGAAAAAGAUAGAGAAUCCAAAAAGGAAGUAGAAUUGAAGAGCAGCCUUGCUGAAGAAGCUGCAGAAGCUGCAAAAGCUGCAAAAGCUGCCGCUUCUGCAGCUGCUAUUGUGGCUAAGGCAGAUCAAGAAUUAGUAAAUGCAAAAAAUGAAGAGAGGAAGCGUCUUGAACUUUUUAUGGAGAUGAUGGAUAUGCAAAUGAAGGAGAUGAAAUCCAUGUCCAAAUCUAUUCGAGAAUUGGAAAUGAGAACAGAGAAUGGCCGAUAUGAGGAUAAAUCGAUAGGAGUGCAUUCAAUGGGCAAUGAUUUUGGAGAAUUUAUGGUUAAAGAUCAAGAGGGUUCAAGAUGAGAGGAUACAUGAAGCUUUUUUACUUUGUGUAAUUAACUCAAAAAAUAUUUUUUAAUGAAAGUACACAAAUAGUGUAAAACACUUAUAUUUUGUUAUUACUCAAAAUACAUUACACUUUAAUUCA